ACUUAUAAACUAGUCACUAUAAAAGUAAAUUAUUGUAGUAACCUCAUUUAUAAACUUAAAAUAAUUUUGAACAAACAACGUGCAACUAGCUAAUAAUGAAGUUACUUUCACUGUUAUUACUAACCUGGGCACUAGCCAUAUGCCAGGCUGACGAGCCAGACUGUAAAAAUCACAAACAGGCUGGCCACGACAGUUUCGCGUGUGUCUGUACUACCGGUGCCCCGUGUCCUGCCAUUGAGACACCCGCCAAAACAGCUACCGGUGUGGUCACCCUAUAUCAGUCUGGCCGAGACGGGGCACGACUACGCAAGUCUACCCUUCAUUUCGGUAAACAACCGGAAGGGGAUGGUAAGGUCGGGGCCGAGCAGUUGCACGUUAAGGUGAACCAGGAUGUCAAGCACCAGGAGGUGUUUGGAUUUGGCGGCGCCUUUACCGACUCGACCGGUAUUAAUAUACGCAAAGCCGGGGAUAAAUUGGGGGAUCAGAUACUGAGGGAUUAUUUCAGCAAGGACGGUAUUGAGUAUAGCGUGGGUAGGAUACCCAUUGGCGGGUCGGACUUUUCUACCCGGCCAUACGAGCUGGAUGAUGGUGGCGAGGACAAGACACUGGCUAAAUUUAAUCUCACCAGUGAAGAUCUUGAUGAUAAAAGCUGGAACUCCAUGAGGUACUCGGCUGAGACCACCCGAGACUUUGUCGCCAAAACAUUGGGACCUGAGUUAGAGGCCAGUGGUUGGGGACCCGACAAACUCAAGCUCAUGGUAUUGGACCACAACCUGGAUCUGGUGAAGGAGUGGGUGCGCGUCAUAUUUGCCGACAAAACUGCCGCUAAA